AUGGAGAAACAGGAACAACAAACUCCUACAGGCAAAAAUGGCAAGCCUCUUGGUCUUCGUACAAUUUGCGACCGAAUCAGUGCCGCGCAUCUGCAAAAGACUGGGCAACAUGUUACCUUAUCACACAGUACUCUCUGGAAGCAUACUCAUGGGGGAACAAAGUUGUCUGACUUCAAUGCCGAGAAGUGCUGGCUUACAGAAACUGAAGCAACUGUUCUCAUCGACUACGCUCUCGAGAUGGCUGCACGGAACUUUCCCUUCAGCAAUAGGUGCCUCAAGGAACAUGCAGACGAGAUCAUUCGAGCGGGACAGGGCAAAAGAAAUGAUGCUGAAGAUGUCGAACCCGUUGAACCUGGCAGGGAGAGCGACGACGACACUCAGAGCGAUAGUCAAUUUCGGUCUCAAUUACAUGUAUUUAGAUUGUACUUUACUGUCUUAAUACAUUUGUCUGAGGCCUGUCUUUAUUUGUUGAUAGCAGUAGAAAAUUCACCUUCCACUCCCAAUGACUCCGGUGACACCAACAACGCUGCGCCCUCAAAUAGGGCUCCUCUCACCAAAUACGAGCGCCGCACGAUGACGCAGCAGAUCGUCAAAGUCAAGUACCGUGGCGGUCAAACAGAGAACAUCAAACGACGUGAUGGCGUGUUUACCUGCCCGCGGUGCAAUCUACUAAGUAAUAAAGAUCCUGCACGACUUUCGUCCCCUGUCCAGCAAACCUCUUUUUCCGAAGCUGAUGAGAUUUUUUCUCUCCAGGAUGCCAUUGCAACCGCCUCCGCUUCAACGGAUAAGAUUGCGCCAAGUUUUUCGACAGGUACUACCACAACACCCUCUCAAAGUGCCAGCUUACCAACAAAUGUCAAACUAGAAAUAUCUGAAAUAUCUGAAGACGAACUUUGUGUCCCAGCCAUGGAGAAAACGAAGGCCAAGAGGGAAAAGGUGUUAGAAAACCCACAGGGGCUGGGGGUGUUGCAGCCUCAAUUAGAGGCGUUGAGGCUCAAGAUUCAGCAGUUAGAGAACGAUCACGAGAAGCGGAAGGAUUCGGAGGCUCGUAGAAUGGAGUUGGUGGAGACUUUGAGGGAGGUUGAGGCGGAACGCGAGGCGCUGCAGAUUCGAGUACAGGGACUGGAGGAGUUGCUGGGAGAGUUUGUUGGCGAAGCGUCGGAGGAGGGGGCUAGUGCUGAGGAUGUCAAAGAUUUGGUGAGAGAUGGUACAGCCAUCCUCCCUAUUCUUGGUGCCACGUUGGCUCAGAACGGUAAGCUGCGAGACCAUCUCGAGGCCUUUCAAAACGCGAAUUUUCGGGUGCGCGCCCUUCUGCAGGCGGCAGAUAAGGACACACAAAGGGCGGGGGAGUACCUGGAGCAGGCUAGGAUAGUGUCUGCGGCAUUGGCGUGUCGGGCUCUGUUACUUCCUGAACCUGUGCCGUCAUCAAUGGAAGUUGCGAGGUUCAAGGGGAGUUUAGAGCGUUGGAAGGCUGGUGGGCAGUCUAGCGGUUCAAAGAGGUCUGGGGAAGGUUCCGGAGAAGGGUCAGAAGAUAGGAGGAAGCGCGCUCGUAUCUGCUUUCUUGCAAUCUAA